AUGAAAUUGUUUACUAGCCUUUUUCUCACAAUAUUUAUUUAUUUUCACCUUAUAAGAACUUCAAGAUGUGAAGAAGAUUUUAUUGAAUUACAUAAUAAUUAUGUUGAAGGCACGGUUAAAGCGAAUUUGAAUAUUUUGUCUGAAUGUACCGUUUAUUUAGAUUCAGAAACAUACAUGAAACCAAAAAGCAAUGGUCAAUUUCUUUUUGCAAAUGUGAAGGAAGGAAUGUAUAACAUGUUUGUUAAUCAUCCUUACAUUGAAUUUACGAGAUUUCAAGUAGAAGUUAAAAAAAACAUAACAAAAAAUAAUGAUAAAAUAUAUACAGUACAAGCAUAUGAACUAUUAUCACCUUUUGAAAAAAGUAAUUUAAUGGUGACAAAUAUUGUUUUUGAGGUGAGGAGAGUAUAUGAUUUCCUUGUUCCGAAGAAAAAUUUUUAUAUGUAUAAUUUAUUUAAAAGUCCUAUCUUUUUAAUUUUUUUUUUUUUCUUAAUUUUAUUAAGUGUAUUACCACAAAUGCAAAAAAUGUCCGAAGCGGAGAAUGAGGAAACCAACCAAGUUACUUAUAAAUCGAACUUUUUGGACUCUACGAAAUGA